CAUAUCAUCUUCUCCUCAAGUCAAAGAUGGUAAACAAUGCUGCUACGACGACGAUGACCAUACAUGGAGUAUAUGAAGAUAGAGGCAUCGCGGGAAAAGGCACAGGCGCGACAGGAGAGCGGGCUCGGUGUCUAAUGAAAGCUAGCGUCCGUCUGGCUUGGGCGGGAGUGGGCCUUGUAAAUGUUGGCAGGCCGAUUGGUCGUGUGGACCGAAUGAUUGUGUGGUUAUAAGUAACACCCAAACCCUGGCUGUAAGGGGUCAUGAACAAUUUAGCUAUCAAACAUCAGACAAACUCAUCUUCCUCCCAACUAUUCCCUUCUCCAAGUCUUAUUCUCCUCUGAGCUCUUCCUCUCCGAUCCCCCUUCCCAGGUGUUGCUAACAUUUGGUAUCAGACUAGAAAUCCUGGUCGAUCUAUCUUUGGUAUGGAUACUGCGAUGCAACGUCUUCUCGACGCAAUGGCGCAAAUGGAGGAGUGCUUGACCGAUGUGCUGACUGGCCGUGGUCGCGAGCAGGCCACCCACGGACGUACUUCCUCCUUCAACGACGAUUCAGGUGCCGACUGCAUCCUCAUCAACGUCGGCACCAACUGUACCGCGGAAGACGACCCCCCCUACUCUGUCACCGCCGCCGCUGAGGUCGAUUCUCUCCCCAACCCCAACGACGACUGCAUCGAGGAGUUCAGCCCAGGCUUCGAUGGAGAGCCAAUUUUCGACGAGGAGCCCAACGACUCCAUCGCCGAGUUCGUCGACGUCCCCUUCCACGGCGGCAGGAUCUCAACCGGUGGUAUCCACCACCCGGCCUCCACCAUGCCGAGGCUGCACGCGAGCGUGGUCGUCGACGACUGCAUCGAGGGGUUCGACGUGUUGGACGAGGACGCCGCGAGCGCCAACGCGGCUGACUUCGCCUCCACGGUGGGGGACGCCACACCCCAGGCCACCGAGACGCGGCUCAAUGUCGGAUGGGUGCGCUGGCUGGAAGGGCGGACUGGCCCCUACGACGACAUCGCAGCAGCACAAACCCUCUUCUCCGAUUUCUCCGACGACGACAGCGCCAGGACUUGCGAUGUCACCGACGUCCCCGUUGUGCACUCCGCACUCAAGGUGUUCGUCCAAAUGCUCAACGGCGGGAGUGAGCAUCCACAAGAGGGGAUGCAAACCUCCAUCGCGCGGUGCGCCAGGAUCUCCGCCUGUGACACCCACCAGCCGACCACCUCCAUGUCGUGGCUGCACACACGCGUCCAUCGCUCCGUGCAGACGCCGUCCUUGCGGGGCGUCGUCGGAAUCGCCCAGACGAGCGGCAGACCCGACGCACGCAGCCUGAUGGACAGCUCACGGAGCUGGAUCUUCACCGACGACAUUGGCAGGCUCGUCCCGUCCCGCGACGGCUCCGUCCACACCACACUCGACAUCGGAUGCGGGGUGAUGAGCUGGGGCGCGUACCUGCUGUCAUGGGACAUACUAGCCAUGGCGUUCGCGCUGCAGGACUCUCACGAGGCGCAGGUGCAGUUCACGCUGGAGCAUGGCGUACCGGCCAUGAUCAGCGUGCUCGUUGGGAAGGAGGUAGUUGAGGGCGGCGUUGUGCUGUGCAAGGACGAAGAGCGCCCCAAGGUGCCACACGAUGGCUUCAGCGACGAGGGUCUCAACACCUUGCCCACCAGGUGUUUGACGAAUUGUGUUAACCUCAUACAGAAUUGUUUCUCGCACUCAUGCAGUUGCAGAUGGGAUUCGGUGCUACAUAAGCAACCAUGGCCACCACCCGUGCAGCCCGUGCAGUUUGUGAUACCGGGAGAUGGUGUUCAAGUCUGGCUUCCGCCUUGGCCACCACCUGUGUGGGAAUUCUGGCUGUCACUGAAGAUUACUGGUCCACAGAUGAUGCAUUCGGUAGGAUACUUUGGAUUGCCAGUUAUGCCAGCGACAUGUAUUACAAUUUCAGAGAUUGUGUCUGGUUCAAGCGAGCAAAUAUUUCCUGAAACAUUUCUGCAAAGCUUACAUGAUUGCAGAGUUUGUCUUAGUGAAAAUACUGGCAGAAGUUUACUCCAGCUCCCAUGCCACCAUUUGUUUUGCUUGAUGUGUUUGAAGUCUAAUUGCAGAAUUCAUGUAAUAGAAGGGAAUUUAACCCAGGUCUGGUUAAGAGAAGAUGCAGUUGCUUACUUCAAAAAUAUGUUUGAUGGUGGCCUGAGGCCAACCUCAAAUGCAUUUAACAAAGUUAUAGAUGGCUGGGUGAAGGUUGAUAUGCUCAACGAGGCCCAUGGGUUCUUUGAUAUGAUGCCUCAAAAGGACAUAGAUGAUGUUACGGUGGUCAUUUUCUACUUUGGAGGACAACAUGUGGGCUGGGAAAUGAAGACAGAAUGGUUGUCUAAUGGUUGGCUAUGUUUGGUAUGUGGUGCAUCUGAUACUCAAGAGCUUCCUCUACAUUUCAUUAAACUUGCAAAGGAUACGUACACAUCUGACUGCAUGUUCGAAAAAAUCGGAUAUGGCACUGUGAGUGAGGCUUUGGUUUACAUGCUGUCCUUACUAUUUGUUCGAAGAGAUUAUUGCAAUGAGGAACCAUUUUUUAGGAAUGUGCUUGAGCAUUGUCAAUGUGGCAUUGAGAUGAUACGGAGGGAUUUAUUUACUGGCCAUUGGAAACAUUAUCUUCAAGGUGCUAUACCACUUCAACCCUGCUUUGAUGGUCUCAUAAAUGUUGGCAAGGUAGCCGCACGUACCCUCCAAGAUACUGUUGUAGGGAAUUCUUGCAUUGUGUCUAGACAGCCUCCAUGGCCACCCCCAACGCGUCACCAUUUCAGAACUAUGCAUGCUGAAACUGUGGCAAAUUGGAACCACUUAUUCAGCUGGUGUUUUGCAAAUUCAGAUUUGGGUGAAUUACUGACUCUCAACUGCCCUGCUGACAGAGCAAUGGUGCUGCUGAUGUACCAAAUUGAGUUGAGACUGCUCAAUUGGGCUUGGGCAGACGAGUGUGUUUUCAACCUGUGUCUACUUCGACUACACAGUGCUGUUCAUAGCAGCCUAGCCAAUGCUUAUAAAUCCUGGUUGAUAACAGUGAUUCACCGAACACACCCAAUUGGCCAAGAUCAUGUUUGGCAUAACGUGGAUAGGGGUGUGGUGUGUGGAAUUAAGGAUAGAUGCUGUGCAAGAUUGGCAAAGCUAGUUUUAUCUGCUACACUGACACAAGAUUCUGGCAAGCUUUCUCAACUUGAAUUGCACCAUCCAUUGUUGUUGAAUACUCAGUCAAGCGGCUUGAGGACAAGCCGCAUUUCAAGCGGUGGGGAAUGUCAGCAUAUCAUCUUCUCCUCAAGUCAAAGAUGGUAAACAAUGCUGCUACGACGACGAUGACCAUACAUGGAGUAUAUGAAGAUAGAGGCAUCGCGGGAAAAGGCACAGGCGCGACAGGAGAGCGGGCUCGGUGUCUAAUGAAAGCUAGCGUCCGUCUGGCUUGGGCGGGAGUGGGCCUUGUAAAUGUUGGCAGGCCGAUUGGUCGUGUGGACCGAAUGAUUGUGUGGUUAUAAGUAACACCCAAACCCUGGCUGUAAGGGGUCAUGAACAAUUUAGCUAUCAAACAUCAGACAAACUCAUCUUCCUCCCAACUAUUCCCUUCUCCAAGUCUUAUUCUCCUCUGAGCUCUUUCUCUCCGAUCCCCCUUCCCAGGUGUUGCUAACACUAUGUGAUCACGUCGCUGGAGUAGCAGAUUUUUAGAGAGCCAUGUGCUGCAUUGAAGGUAGCUUACAAUACAAUCUUUGUUUAUUUA